AUGUCUUCUACCGAAGUCCUCGUUUCUACCGCGACAUUGCCGUCGACUGCCUGUCUUGAUAACAGCCCGAAUUCUCAGGACCUGGAAUGGCUCGAGACACUCCGGACGAAGGGCUGGACCAUUGUCCCAGAGACCAUCCCUAAGGACAAGGCCUUGAAAUACGCUGAUAAGGCCUACUCCUGGCUGGAGGACUGGGGUUACGGAUUUAACAGAACGGACCCCGCCACAAGAGGGCCCGCCCACUUGCCCUUCACGCACCGUGCUGGUAUCUUCAACCGCUUCGGAGUGGCCCAUGAGCAGUUUAUGUGGGACUUGAAGUCGGAACCGAGCCUCAUUGACAAGUUCGCGCGUGUUUGGGGUACGGAUGAGUUGCUCGUGUCCUACGACGGUAUCAAUCUCUCACUGCCUGUCUCCGAGCGGCCAAAGACCGAUCCCAUCUUCGCACCAUGGUCGCACGUGGACCAGUCUCCUCUGCGAACCGGACUACAGUGUGUACAGGGCAUUCUGAACCUGCUUCCUAAUGGGCCUGAUGAUGGCGGCCUCAUGGUUUUGGAAGGUUCCAGCAAGUACUAUGCGGAGCUGUGGCAGCACUUCGAUCACAAGAAGGGCGAAAAUGGCUGGAAUACCUGGGAGCAGCAGUUCCUGGACGAGGAAAUGUGCUCCUGGCUCGAAUCCAAGGGAUGCAAGUGGGUGAAGGUUUGUUGCGAGCCGGGUGACCUUCUCCUCUGGGACUCGCGAACGGUUCAUUAUGGCGCUGCUCCAUCUUCAGCUGACGACAGAUUUGCUGCAUACGUUUGCUACAAGCCUGUUUCCAUGGUCUCCAACGAAGCCAAGGAGAAGCGAAAGGAGGCCUGGAAGAAUAAGGACUGCACCGCCCAUGAUCCUUCCAUCAUUCGCCUUACCCCCCGACUUCCCCCGGACACUCACCAUAGCUACCAGCAAGCCGUCGAGAGACCUCUUCAGGAGCCCGUUCUAACGCUUCGAGGAAAACAGCUUGCUGGCCUUGCAUCAUACUAG